AUGAAUCAAGUUCGCGAUCAAGACGAGAUGCGAUGGGUAAAUAAAUAUGAAGGAAAUCGGAUACCCUAUGAAUUACGUUAUGAAGCCGCUAAACUUCAAAAAGAUCUCAAUUUCGACGAAGCCCAAACAGAGCCAUCUUCACAUAUUGAUGAUGAGUAUGCUCGAGCUGGAAUACAUGAUCCUAAAGUACUCAUCACAACUUCACGUGAUCCAAGUAGCAGGCUCGCUCAAUUUGCAAAGGAAAUGCGUUUAAUUAUUCCAAAUUCACAACGUAUAAACCGUGGUAAUUAUGUUAUUAAAGAUAUGGUCGAUGCCUGCAGAGCCAACGAAGUCACCGAUCUAAUAGUAUUACAUGAACAUCGUGGCGAACCAGAUGGAAUGGUGAUAUGUCACUUUCCUUAUGGGCCCACCGCGUAUUUUUCUCUUCAUAAUGUUGUUCUUCGUCAUGAUAUUCAAGAUGAAGGCACUGUUUCACAAGUAUACCCUCAUCUAAUAUUCCAUAAUUUCAAUUCUAAUUUGGGUCGCCGAGUUACAAGUAUUCUUAAAUAUUUAUUUCCAGUUCCGAAGGACGACAGUAAAAGAAUAUUAACAUUUGCUAAUGAAAAUGAUUAUGUUUCUUUUCGGCACCAUGUGUACGUGAAAAUCAAUAAUAAGGAAGUACAGCUUGCUGAAGUAGGUCCUCGAUUUGAAAUGAGAAUAUAUGAAAUUAAACUGGGAACUGUGGAUCUAAAAGCCGCUGAUACCGAAUGGGUCUUACAGGUUAUAAUUAAUGAUGAGCAAUUUACGGAUAUUCCUCGUGAUAUGCAGCAUAGAG